UUAUUGAGGUACAGGUAAAGCCGAAUGGCGGAAUUGUACCGCCGCUGUUUGUUUUGUCCAAUGAGGAAGCGAAGAACUGAGUUACUGGUGCGCGAGGAGGCAACACUGCAGAUGCACCUGAAUCGGCGUCUACUCCUUGGGCGCCUGGCCAACCUCUGGGGAUCUCUUCUAACGGUGGUAACGAUGGAUUAUUUUCCUCACGUGGACUACCAUCGAAGCCCGAACCAUCAGCCUGGGGGCAAGGUGCUGCCCAAAGACUGCCUCGAUUUCCGCAUGGUGGACGCCAUCGCCAAUCGUCUUAACUUCUCGUAUGAGGUGCGAGAGCCUCCGGACGGACAGUGGGGCGUGAGAGACGACGAAUCCGGCCAUUUCACCGGUAUUGUAGGGAGUCUGGAGCGAGAGGAGGGUGACCUGUCCAUGGUCUUGACCCCAACUCCAGAUCGUCUCGAAGUUAUGGACCAUUCUAGAAUCUACGGCGAAGGAGCCUUUGUAAUAAUCUCGCUCAAGCCUCGACCAGCCACGCAGCACUGGGCCUUUGUCAAAUCAUUCAGAGAUGAACUGUGGCUGACAGUAUUAGGCGUGGUGGUGGUGUGGGGCGUGUUGUUGUGGGCGAUGCUCAAGGCGUGGGCGUGGAUAAGGAGGGACAAGGUGGUGAGAUGGAACAGUCCGAUCUCAGCCAUCUUGUACGGGUUUGGUGCCCUGAUGGAGGAUCCGCCCCACCGCCCACCGACCAACCUCUCUGCUCAGGUUAUGGUGGGAUGGUGGUGGGUGUUGUGCAUCAUCAUCACCACGGCGUAUCGCUCCUCACUCAUCUCUCACCUUACCGUGCCUGGCAUCACGCGCCCCAUUAACACCUUCGAUGACCUGCUGGCGCUCGAGGGGUGGUCCUGGAGCGCCGAGACAGGCAUACUUAACAUGGCAGACAGGGACUUCUUCCUAGGCAGCCCGAGCCCCGUGGUGAGGGAGGUGUACCGUCUAAUGCAGUUCUACAGCCUGGAGGAGUCCCUGCAGAAAGUAUUGAAGGGUCGACACUCGUUCAUUACCUGGAAGAAUUACAUUGACGUAAGAAUCGCCUCUCGUUAUAGCGACGCGAGGGGCAUCACACCACUCUACAUCUCCAACAGGCGUUACCCGAUAUUUGGCGGAUACUCGUGGGGCUUCAGGCAAGGCGCUCCCUUUCUGGAUGCCAUCAAGAGGCUGAAGCAGCGCCUGCUGGAGUCGGGACUCCUUGCCUACUGGCUGAGUGAUGUCAUCAAGCAGCGCGUCAGAGAAACUCCCAGGAACUCUCGGGAAGGCCAGGACGCGUCUAUCACACAAGCAUUACUACCCAGUUUGGGGAGUGGCGAAGUGGUGCUGGGAAUUGGUCAUCUGCAGGGAGUUUUCUACUUCUUGUUUGCAGGCUUCAUGGUCUCUGUGAUCACCUUGAUGUGCGAACAAGCCUUCGUUCUUACUAGCACCACGCGUGAGGUGGUUGCCAUAACAAAAGGUUGAUGGAAAUGGGUAAAUAAAAAUACGU